UAUAUGUAUGCGAUUGCAAUGUAAACACAAAAUAGUGACACAAAGUUAUGUUUUGAUUGUUAUUAUAAUUAAUGUAUUGAUUAAUCAAUCGAUGGAUGCAAUCAAUGAUUCAAAUUAUAUUUAUUACAAUCAAAGUAAGUCAUCACUCAAUGGAAAUAUCAACAACUGUUACCACAAGAAGUCAAACUCACUGACUGUACUCAAGAUGUCUACCGAAGACCAGUUCAAUGCGGCCGUCAAUGUCAUCAAACGGUUACCGAAAAACGGACCGUUUCAGCCGUCAGAUGACCUGAAGUUGCGGUUUUACGCACUCUUCAAACAGGCGACCGAAGGCCCGAACCGGACGAAAAAGCCGGCCUUUUAUAACAUUGUUGCUCUUUAUAAAUGGGAUGUAUGGACCAAAUUGGGUGAUAUGGAUAAACAAACUGCAAUGAAUCAGUACAUCGACGAACUUAAAAAGGUCAUCGAAACCAUGUCUUUCAAUGAAUCCGUUUCUGAGUUUUAUGAAGUGUUGGGACCUUUUCAUGAGUUUGUUCCGCACGACAAUAAUCAAGCAACUAAUGGAUCAAAUAAUAAUGACAUUGGUUUAGUUAACAACGGCAGCAAUAAAAACAUCGAGUGUAUGACCAUCAAAGUCGGCAAAAAACCUCUCAAAACCCCAUUUAAAGAUGUUCAACAUUUAAAUGGCAACGACUUUGCUAUUGAUAGCGAUGGCGAAGAAUUUUCGGACACUUAUGAUCACAUCGGAGAGAACGGAGACAUUCCAAUAGUUGAACGAAAUGGUAGUGAUAUUUCCAUUAAAGAUAUGAUAUCUUUUAGAGGAGGCAAUGACUCAAAUCCAAGUGCUCACAUAUCACCAUCAAAUUCAUCAGAUAAUAGAAAUAUAUCAACAAAUCGUAAUAGAAAUACAAGAGAAGUUGUUUCGGGUCAAAACACCAAUGCUUCCAAUACGAGAGGUGAGGGCGGCUCUGGAGGUCACGGACAUAAUCUUCACGAAUAUUCUGUUGGAAUUAAUGAACAAUUGGCACUCGCGGUCAUACGAUUACAACAAAGUAUGGAUCAAGUGGUCAACAGAUUGGAUGCACUCGAAGCUAUGUUAAGCCGAAACAGUCGAACAACUCAAUCGCGUGAAGUCAACACAAAGUCAACACUUUGGCCAUUCAAAGAGCUAAGACCACAAACAGCUGCAGUAUUAUUAGUUUGGCCACUCAUUGUUCAACUGGUACUCCAAUACAUUAGACAUCGCAGGCGUCCAAAUAAUUUAUAGAAAUUAAAUAUAAUAUUUUUAUUUACAAUAUUUUAUG